GGAGCCCCCGCCCGCCUCUCGUUCAGCGCAGACGGCUCCGUGCGGUUACUCCGCACUCUGGAACGCUGCAGGCGUGACUUCGGAGGGCUUUCCGUGUUUGUCGGCCUCCCUGCUGUCCCUGGCGUGUGCACAGGCGCGGAUAUCUUAUCUUUAUGAUUUCACUGUGGAGGUGCCGGAAUUGCGUUUAUAUUGUGGGUGAUAAACGCGGCUUGAAUACGGUUGGGUUUAUAUUAAGAGAUCUUUUUAUGGUAAUAGUUUUAAGGGACACGCUGGAAAAAAGAGGUGCUCUUGGACAAAUAAAAGCAAGGAUCAGAGCUGAGGUCUUCAAUGCCCUGGAUGACCAGAGUGAACCACGGCCACCGCUGUCUCAUGAAAAUCUCUUAAUCAACGAACUAAUUCGUGAAUACCUGGACUAUAACAAAUACAAAUAUGCAGCAUCUGUUUUAACUGCAGAAUCUGGCCAGCCUGAAGUGCCCUUGGAUAGACAGUUUCUUGCCAAAGAGCUGAACAUAGUCGAAGACGCAAAUGGAAAAUCAGUCAGACCUCUCUUGUAUGGAAUUAUCUCUCAUUUCUUACAUGGUGGCAAAGAAGAUAGUUACCAGAAUGCCCUUCCAAAAAUGUCUUUGCUGAAUUAUCCAAAGCAGAACCUUGGCAAGCCACCUACCGAAAGAAAUCAAAUAGAUAGAAUUCCAGAACCAGGAAGGAUGGCUGGCAUGAGCAUCGAAGAGCCCCUUGUUUUACAAAGUCUAAACAGAUGACCUCGCUCAUACGCUAAUUUCUCAUGCAAAGUUCUGCAAGAGUUAAUUUAGGAAAUUCUUUGCCUAAAUUUCUCCAGUAUGUCCAGUGGGACCAUUUCAGCUUCUAAGAUCUACCUACGAGACAUGAUGACAGGGUCAUACCUGCAGUCAAUGAAAAAGGUGUUAGCAAAGGCUCUCUUCCUCCAGUGCCAAUAGAAGGAAAACUGUAAAUGAAAGCAGAUUCUUGAAGCCUGUGUUUAGAGUUGGGCCUAACAUACUGUUUUUACUUUAUAAAAAUUUACCAGAUAAUAAGGAAAGUGUUGAAAUUAUAAUUUAUGUUAUGGUCUUGUGUGUCUUUCCUGUAUGUUUUUAAUAAAAUAUUUUAGUUUUGUUCUGCAUGGUAUUUUGAAAGUGUUCAAACAGAGCAUUUUACUCCUCCCCCUUUAAGAAGAAGAAGCUGCUACUUUCAGAUAAGUAUGGGAAAAUAAAUUUGAAUCAAAAAUUAAAGUGCUUUAGAGGAAUAGUUGUUUUUCAUUCUCCGGAAAUGAGGACUAUAUUUAUCUUCAUGCCAAAACCAAAUGAGGGUAAGUCUUUUCCAUCUAGAGUUGCUAUAAAUUGUACGGUGUUACACUGAGUGUAUGGGAGGAACUUCUUUUUUCCCAAACUACAUGAGACUCAAAGUCAGGCAAAGCUAAAAAUAAAGCUGAUUGUAGGUUAGCGAUUCCCAGAACUUUUUUUAGCGGAGGUAUUUGCAUGUUUUGAAAUGGUAAUUUGUUUUCCCAAUUUACAGGGGUACAUAAAAAAAUCACAGGUUAGCUAUUUUUAUCAUCUCAUUUUAACAAAAUGUUCCAGGGGUGCUGACAGGAGUGUCGUAUAAAUAAAUAUUUAGGAUUGCAUUCUUAAGAAUCUUAAUUGUUAGAUGUACAGUAAGUGGGGUGGGAAAGAGAGGAAGAGAACAUGCAGUUUGUGAAUUUAAGUGAAAGGACCCAAAGUUGUCCAAACUGCAGAGUUUUGCCUUAAUCUGUAUUUGACCCAGUUAGCAUUACAGAUACUUUUUUGAUAAGCAGCUCAGCCUCGAGCCUGGUGUGGAAUUGCAGAGAGGGGUUAUCGGUCAGAAGGGGAAGUGGCAUUUAUCCAUUUGAAGGCUCAGCAGUGAGCACAUCCCCUUCGUCUGAGUGGCAACACUAUCAGCUCCCCCAUAUCUCAGGAUUGUUUCCAGGAGGGGAGGAUGUGUUUGCAAAUAUAAUUUGAUCAAAUCCGUCUUUAAGUCUUUUGUAGCUUUGCAUCAAUUGUAGUUGACCAUUGGGUCAAGUAAGCAAAUUUCUCUGUGCUAACGCCACCGGCAGCCUAAGCUACCUGGCUGAAAGCCAUCCGUGUAAAACCUCCCGCCAUGGGAUUCCGCUUACUGGGGCCUUUCCUGACACGUUAAUGCAAGUAUUCACAAUCGCUUAUCUCUCUCAAUUUGUCUGUCUAAAAACAUAGAAAAAUAGUCUUCUAAGCUCUUAUUUGCAAAUUACCUUAAUUUUGGAAUGAGUAGGAAGUGCCUCUAUGGAAAUUUGCAAAGAUGGAACUUUUGAACAAUGCAGCUGCGAUUGCUCUGGCCACAGAGAUCCUUGAAUUUUUAACUUUGGUUUUCCAGAGAUUAAAUGCUAGACCCCUGUUUCUCUAGAACCCAGUGUGUCCAAUCAUUAUGUGUAUUGGGAAUCCAAAUUGUCUUUUCAAGGGCAAGGAAACAGGCUCUGGGAAAUACAGAAGCUCUAACCUUCUAUGCUAUGCAAAGCUUCCACUGUGACCAAAGCCGUUGCAUCUGUUUUCUGUCUUCCCACCAGAGAUCAUACAGAAGCUGCUCAGGUCCCGUGGAUCUCCCUGGGAAAUGGAUUUUUAGUGCUAGAAAAUAAAUACCAGGUUUUUUUUGUUCCAGUUGAGGAAGGCAAAGGGAUGUUUGGUGGUACUUGCCCUUCCCGAAGCACAGGGCUCAGCAGUCUCAUGGUCUGCACAGCCAUGAACGCAGGCGUGGUUGCAAGGACAUUCUUCACUGAGCUUUAAGGUAGAAGUGUGUAUCUGAAAUCAGAGAAGAAAUCUGUUUAAGCCAGAGGGAAUCUUGGGGAUUGCACCUUAAGCCCAUUGUCAGGAUCCUGCGUUACAGCACUGGGUGGGAGCUGGCCCGCUUGCUCUCACUGCAACAUGUAUUUCCUCUAAUGCUCCAAUAGCUUCACAGUAC